UGCGGUGCUACAGGUGGGCGGCGGGCUGGACCCUGCGCGCCGUGCGGUGCCCGGGAGGGAGCGGGCGCGCGGUGCGGUGGCCGGGAUGGGCGGGCCGGGCGCGCCGUGCCGUGCGCGGGCGCGCGGUCCUGGGGGCGCGGCGCUGCCAAUCGCAGACAAAGGCCGCCCAGGGAAUCAUGUGGUGCCGCGGGAGGAAGUGCCGCUUGUUUUCUUUCCUCCGGCCUCGGGGCUGCGGCGGAGCGCGAUGCGCGGAGACCCCCGCGGGGGCGGGGGCGGGGAGCCCCGAUGAGACCCGAGCGCCCCCGGCCGCGCCGCAGCGCCCCCGGCCCGAUGGAGGCACCGCCCUGGGACCCGGCGCACAACGACUCGCUGCCGCCCACGCUGACCCCGGCCGUGCCCCCCUACGUGAAGCUCGGCCUCACGGUGGUCUACACCGUGUUCUACGCGCUGCUCUUCGUGUUCAUCUACGCGCAGCUCUGGCUGGUGCUGCGCUACCGCCACAAGCGGCUCAGCUACCAGAGCGUCUUCCUCUUCCUCUGCCUUUUCUGGGCCUCGCUGCGGACCGUCCUCUUCUCCUUCUACUUCAAAGACUUCGUGGCGGCCAACUCGCUCAGCCCCUUCGUCUUCUGGCUGCUCUACUGCUUCCCCGUGUGCCUGCAGUUCUUCACCCUCACGCUGAUGAACUUGUACUUCACGCAGGUGAUCUUCAAAGCCAAGUCAAAAUACUCUCCAGAAUUACUCAAAUACCGGUUGCCCCUCUACCUGGCCUCGCUCUUCAUUAGUCUCGUUUUCCUGUUGGUGAAUUUAACCUGCGCUGUGCUGGUGAAGACGGGCAACUGGGAGAGGAAGGUCAUCGUCUCUGUGCGAGUGGCCAUUAAUGACACGCUCUUCGUGCUGUGUGCUGUCUCUCUCUCCAUCUGUCUCUACAAAAUCUCUAAGAUGUCCUUAGCCAACAUCUACUUGGAGUCUAAGGGCUCCUCUGUGUGCCAAGUGACUGCCAUCGGUGUCACCGUCAUCCUGCUGUACACCUCGCGGGCCUGCUACAACCUGUUCAUCUUGUCCUUCUCUCAGAUUGAGAAUGUCCACUCCUUUGAUUACGACUGGUACAACGUAUCUGACCAGGCAGACCUGAAAAAUCAGCUGGGGGACGCUGGCUACGUGGUGUUCGGAGUGGUGCUUUUCGUGUGGGAACUCUUGCCCACCUCCUUGGUGGUUUACUUCUUCCGAGUUAGAAAUCCUGCCAAGGGCCUUACCAACCCUGGAAUGGUCCCCAGCCAUGGAUUCAAUCCCAGAUCUUAUUUCUUUGACAACCCUCGAAGAUACGACAGUGAUGACGACCUUGCCUGGAACAUUGCACCUCAGGGACUUCAGGGCAGUUUUGCUCCAGACUACUAUGAUUGGGGACAACAAACUAACAGCUUCCCAGCACAAGGAACUUCGCAAGACUCAACUUUGGAUCCCGACAAACCAAGCCAUGGGUAGCAUCAGUGACAUUUUUACUGAAGAUUCUGUUGAAAAGCUUCAGAAAGACAAACUUAAUGACCGCUGAGAUUUUAGGGCACUUUUCUCCAAGAAAUAGGACUUGAUUUUUAUUGUAGGUUUUUUCCUAAUGGCUCAAUAGAACCAAGCAAUAAUUUAGAUUCAUAAACCCUUAUUUUCAGUACUAAUAAGCGAGCCUGGCUAUUUCAUUGGCUAUAACUUAAAAUCUGUACUUUUAUAAAAUUGUAUUUUAUAUAACUUAAAUAAUAACGCUAAAGUAUACUAGGGUUUUUCCUUGAGAAUGUUACUGCAAUAUACAUUGUAGUUUGCACAUCCUUUAUGCAUAAUUCACUUUAAAAGUAUAGAAUACAUGGUCUAAUAGUUGAAGGCUUUUGAACUGAAGUUCUUCUCAAAUCCUUACCUCUGAAGGUCACACAGAUUCCUCCACAUUAGUAAACUCCUAAGUUACAAUUCAUGUCUAGAAAGCCAAUUGUGACUGCAGUGUUAAAUGAAAUGGAAUUAUCAGUUUUUAAGAUAACUGGCUCUUUAGAGUUUUCUGAAGACCCAGGUGUUUGGUCUCAAUCUUACAUUUUGCCAAAAGUCUGGUACUUCCUUUCAUCAGGACACCAAUGUAUGUACUUCAGUGAUAACAAGCUGAUUACAUUAACAGUGUAGCUGACUGACACUAUUAAAUCACUUCUGCUAUAUUCAUAGUGAUUUUGCAUAAUUUUUACAUUUCAAUGAAAUUAAACAUUACUUCAGGAGUAUGGCCAGAUCCCACCUUUCCCAACUCGGUGAACAUUGACUUCUUAAGGAGAAACCACGAGGUUCCCAAAAAGGCGUUAAAUUGGGCUAAAAUUCUCUGGAAUCAAUUUUUCUGUAAUCUCCAGCCAUGUUUAAAAUGCCUCGAACAGCUCCAUAAGCAGCUGGCUAGAAGCUGCAGGUUUGAACCAACAAUGGGCUGCAAUAUGCUAUUAGGGUGGGGGGCAUUUUCCAAACAAUUGCUGAAAGUUAUCUUCAUGAAACACAUCUCGAACCAAAAGUGCCAUCUUAAAACCUCCAGACUUCCACUGUUUCCUCCCAAGCUGCCCACGGGAGGCUGAAGGUGCCCAUCUUCCACACGGCGAGCCUCAAGCUCUAGAGGAAGUAUCCCUGCCACAGAGAAAGGACCAUUCUAUUCCACCUCGCCUGCAAAGUCUCAUCUUGGGACAGAGGGAAGGACAAGUGAGAAGGAUUUGUGACUCCUACUUCCCACUCUGGUCUUCAGGAAUAACUGAUCUCUGGACAUUAACUUCACAGAGACAACUCUACUUUCCCUUAUUCUGAUGGUAUUUAAAAUCAAGAUCUCAAGUUCAAAUGAGUCAUGAUUGGGUUUUUCAGAAUAUCUUUAUUCUUGAUAAUCUCAGAACACUGUCUUUACAUACAUGGAAUAAUCUGGGUCACAUACCAUUUAAAAUAGUUACUUGCAGGGAAAAUUUUACACUGAAGCAAAGCUUGCACCAAUUAUUCAGGUUGCCUUAAAAUAGUAUUAUAUAUUAUUAUUCUAAACAGCAUUAAGAAGCCCCCAUUGUGGCCAGUCUCAUGUUUAGGGAGUUCACAGGAUCAAGGUAAAGUGCACAUGCACACACAACGGGGAACUCCAGUGUCCCAUGACAACUCCUGCUUGCCUUUGGGCCACACUACCGCUAUGCUGGGGGAAUGCAGGCAGAUGCACCAUAUCCUACAGCUAAGUCAUUUCUUCAGAAAGUCCUGUGCUCUUCACUAUUUGGUCAGCUAAGGACAAGUGUAUCAUAAAAGCACAAAAUUAUGGCACUUAUCCAAUAGUACAUAAACACUAUUUAAUUCUCUUGUUAUUAGGAGGAAACCCUAAAUCCCCAGCACCAAAUAACAGAAGCCACAAUCCAUUUUUAUGAUAGGUUGGUAGUAUUUAUGUGAACUAUUUUUUGUUGGAAAGGAUGUUUUAAGUGCCUGUUCUGCCCCUCCUCCUUUUAAAAAAAUAAUGUGAAACUUUUAGGAAUAAUGUCAACCCACACUAGAAUAGAAAUGAAAACUGUCUGUCAGACUCUCAUCCUCUCACAGGACCAUGUAUCCUGCAAGAUGCCGCAGGGACAGUGUAGGAAGGAAAAGUGAGUUUCCCCUGAGCUUCUGGAUUUACUUGCCCUGCUAGGUAUGCUGGCAAAACUGUUCUUCAUGUGGACUAUUGAAUGCUAAGACAGGCAGAGGAAUAAUGACUUCUAGUUCUAAAAUGCCCAGUGUCCCCUUGUUUUAAAGUAAAAUGAAAUUUAAACCUUGAUAACAUGCAAGUUAAAAGUGCCUGGAGAAGAGGCAACACUACUGAAAAUUCUGUACCACUGCAGUCCGAUGCAGCAUGCUGAUGUCUCUGUGACUACUGAAGACACGGCUGCCUCUGCAGUGAACAGUCCUACCUGCUCUGUGGAGGUUAUCUUUCACUGGCUUGCUUUUCCAUUUUAUAAUUAGGAGUUCUGCUUAGCUGGUGGCACACCUCUGUAAUCCCAGUGACCUGAGAGGUUAAGGCAAGAGGAUUGCAAGUUUGAAGCCAGUCUAGUGACUUAGCAAGACCCUACCUCAAAAUAAAAAGGGCUGGAGAUGUAACCCAGUGAAACGCCCGUGGGUUCAAUCUCUAUUACCACCUCACAAAAAAAUUCUGAUUAUUACAAUUCACACAUCCAUGACAUUUAGUUAUGCCAACUUGAUCUUGCAUGUUACCAGACACUUUUUAACACCGUGCUAGUCCCACAGUCAUCCGCUUAGAUCAAGCAAACUCACUAGUCCCUCCCACAUUCCACCUUUCACUCAAAUUCAUGACAACUGGUCUUUGGGGUCCUUUGCUGUUGAGCCAACACUUGAAUCCCUGUUAGAGCAUAUAAGCAUUAACUCUAGAGCUUCAGAAGUGCUGUGAGAAAAAUUUUCAUUUAUAUCUACAUACUGAACAUUACUACAAAUUUUUUUUUUUUUUUUUUUUUAAAUUCUGGUGCUGGGGAUUGAACCCAGAGCCUCUAGUUAGCUAACAGAAUGGUAAGUUACAUGGUGGCAGGGACAUCUGUCACUCAUUUGCUGCUGUGCUAGGAAAGUGCUCUGCCACUGAACUAUGUCCUGUGUCCCUGUUUUAUUUUUUUAAUAGGUAAACUUACAUUAGAACUAAAUAGGUCUUAUUUAUUUUUUAAAAUAUCCUUACACCUUAGACUGCUAGAUAAUAUACAUACACUGGUAUGGAGAAAUCUGAUAUACAUUUCUACUUUUUAUCCUAUGUGAGAAUUUUAUUAAAAACAUUUCCAAUUGUGCAUAAACUAUUUACAACUUCUUACAGUUCCAGACGGAACAGCUGUUCGAAUGAAUCAGGGUAAACAGUGUUCUUCUCCAAGAUUCUAUUAAUAAACCACUUCAAGUAAGGAAACCUCUGUUAAAAGUGGCAGUGUGCACAAGGGAAUGGGAUUCAAUGUCUAAUGAGUCAUUUCUGUGCUACACUGGACUGAACUCAGGAGCAACCAUAUAUUAACCCUACUCUUGGCCUUUAGCAGGGACACGUGGAAAGCCCUGUCCUGAGCCCUGCUCAACAUGCCUGAUGUCUGCUAAGGAUGUCCCUGUGCCCCAACCCUCUGGGCCAGGGCGUGGUACCAUAUCUAUGCAGUGCAGAGUAAGGUUGGCUGCUCAGGUCAAGUUAUAUAGGUUCGAAGUGCUCAAAUCCAAAUCCAGUGAUUCAACAGCUCUUGGCAUCUACCUGCUUCUUCCACGGCUGGAUUCCCUACCUCUUCCUAGUCCUUGAGCCAUGGCUGAGCCCUGCCCUGUAUUCCCUGACACUAACACAGUGGUAAGUAAUCCUUUCAGUUCCAAAUCUGAUCUGUCCUUUUGGAGUUGGUUGCAUUACCACUCAAAAUAUUAACUUUAAAAUUUCGGAACAGACUUUCUGGUCCUGACUUUAGCCUAGGCAGACCUGGAGUUCAGAGGCCUACUUCCUUCAGCUGAACUGUGACCUCCAUCUUUCCAGUUUUCAUAAACUCAAAGUCCUCCCUUCCUCUAUUGCUUCCUGUGGCCAGGACCUUUUGCUGAUCAGUCUCACCUGCACCCCCCCCCCCAGCAGUCCCUCCAGACCCUCUGCAGCCUCAAGCCUAGAGUUCUUUGAAGACAUUAAAGUAUAAAUUGGUACUGGUCUGGAUAAACACUGCUUUCUCAGGGUCAUUCAGCCUAAGUGACUGAGUAUCCACAGAGUGCUUCUCCCUGGUGCAAUCACUAGCCCAGAAUCUGGACUUCAGGUCUACACAGUUUAGACCUGCUAAGAGAGAUGUGCUCUAAAGGCCCCAGGAAAAGGUACACACUUGUAGGAUGUUGGCCUGUGAAACCAACUCUGCCCUGCACAGUGGCAUCAGGGGAGUGACUUUACCUGUGGAGCCUGAUGGCAGUGUCAGGAAGACACCAUAGUUCAUUCCACCCAGAGUGCCUUCUGAUCUAGAUGGGAUUCUAGGUUGGCUUGUGUCUUCCUCAGCUGACAUUUUGUCUUUGGGUGCAUUCUCAGUAUAAACAGAAUAAUCUAGUUAGCUAACAGAAUGGUUACACGGUGGCACUGUCACUCAUUUGCUGCUGAAUUUCUAGCUCCUAAAGGUGAGUGAACACUCACAUCCGUUCUUCUGGUAGAUAUUUUUUAAGGUACCUUCUGCACUUGCACUUAUAUCUAUUGCUUAUUGAUUGUACAAGCUUAGUACUUAUUUAAGAGCUCCUCUUUCUUGUCUUAAUCUUUUAUGGAUAUCCAACUUUUGGGCAAACCAUUCAUAAUGGGGUAAAAAGGUAUGUUAACUUUUCAUCCUAUAACCAAAUAUCUGACAAAAGUAACUUAGAGAAGGAAAACAAUUUAGAAGAAAGAUGUUGAGCUCAUAGCAGCAAGGAAGCAACCAGUGGGGAGGGGGAGGGAAAAGAAACCCACCGAGGGCUUACUUCCUCCCACUGGGUCCCACCUCUCAGUGUUCCAUUCAGCUCUCAGUAGAUGGAUUAAUUCACUACGAGGCCAGAGCCCUCAUGAUGUAAUCAUUUCCUAAAAGCCCCACCUCUGAGCCUUGUUGCACUGGGGACCAUGCUUUUAACACAUGAGCUUCUGGGGACAUGCAGGUCCAAAUCUUAACAAAAGGUAAUGAGAAUUUUAUAAGAUAAUCCUCAAAUCAUCCUUGGAAACUAAUCUUAAAAUAGAAGCACCAAGAUGAAAUUCUGUCCACACGGGCACUGUCUUGUGCCUCUAUUUUCCUUCACCUAUUUGACAAAUAUAAUACUAAAAUAAUUAGAGUAGUAAAAUAUUAAUCUUUACCAGUAAGCAGUGACAAGUGCAACCCUUGAGAGAGAACAAUGAGGCAGAGUUUUAGCAUGUUUUCAGGAUUUUUUUAAGCUCACAUGGAAAAGCAAAUAAGAAUAGCUAGAAACACUGGGGGAAAUGGAGAAAGAGAGAGGGAAGGAAUGAAAGACAACCAGUGCACAGAUAUUAAAAAAUACAGCCUGUAUAAUUAGAACAGUGUGGUACUGCCACAUUUACACACUGAUCAGUGAAACAGAACCCAGGUAGAGCUAAAAGUGCAUAUGGGACUUGAGAUAUGACACAUAGACUCUCAGCCAGGCAUGAUAGUACAUGCAUGUUGUCCCAGCUGCUUGGGAGGCUGAGUUGAGAGAAGUGUGUAAGCUCAUGAGUUCAAGUCCAGCCUGGGCAAAAAAAGAACCCAUCUCAAAAAAUAAAAUAUAGGGCUGGGGAUAUAGCUCAGUUGGUAGAAUGCUUGCCUUGCGAGCAUAAGGCCUUGGGUUCAAUCCCCAGCACCGCAAAAAAAAUAAAUAAAUAAAUAAAUAAAUAAAAUAAAAUAAAAUAAAAUAUAGCCUCUCCAACUAGUGAGGAAAAGAUGACCUGUUCAGGUAAAGGUACUGGUGCAACUAGGUGGUAAUCUGUGGAAAAAAUUGGGUUUACCAGGAUACAUUUCAAGGAAUCAAAAUUUGAACGUUAAAAAAAAAAUACCAUAAACGUUCUAGAAGAAACUGGUGAAUUAUUCCACUGUUC